AGAAAGGUUUGUCCACAUUGUGUAAUAUUGUAAAGGUUUUUAAUUGGGCCAAAUAAGUGUGAAGGCCCAUUAUUUCAAACGGGCCCAACUUCUUGUUCGUUGAAUCCGCCGAACAGAGUUCGUCGUCUCAUUUUUUCCCGGUGGCCGUCUGUUUCAAACCUUGACGAUGAGUAUCGUGCUAUCGAUUUUCCGGCGCCGGAACUCUUAUAUUCUGGUCAACCAGUUCCGAUUACUCCGCCGUUUUUCUGAUGAAGUUGACCCACGGCCAGAAAUCAAAUCGGAGAGCCAGGAAUUUGUAGUAGUCAAAUUUUUGAAAAAUCUUCAAAAAACCCCGCAACAUGAUUGGGCGUCGAGUGAGUCGCUAAGUUCGCUACUCGUAUCUUCUUCUUCUCAUUCUCCUCUAGUAUUCUCGCAAAUCACGCGGCGGCUGGGAUCGUACUCUCUGGCAAUCUCUUUCUUCGAGUACCUGGAUUCGAAAUCUCAGUCUCUGAAACGCCGUGAAGAAUCUCUCUCCUUGGCGCUUCAGUCGGUUAUUGAAUUCGCCGGUAGUGAACCUGACUCGCGAGAUAAACUUCUCCGUCUCUACGAGAUCGCCAAAGAGAAGAACAUUCCGCUUACUGUCGUUUCCACUAAGCUUCUGAUCCGAUGGUUUGGGCGUAUGGGUAUGGUGAAUCAGUCGGUUCUUAUAUACGAACGGCUCGAUUCGAGUAUGAAAAACUCGCAGGUUCGUAAUGUUGUGAUCGACGUCUUGCUAAGUAAUGGACUUGUGGAUGAUGCCUUCAAGGUGCUCGACGAAAUGCUUCAGAAAGAAUCUGUUUUUCCUCCUAAUAGAAUCACAGCGGAUAUUGUGUUACACGAGGUUUGGAAGGGAAGGCUUUUGACAGAAGAAAAGAUUAUUGGGUUGAUUUCAAGAUUUAGCUCUCAUGGUGUCUCCCCAAACCCUGUUUGGUUGACUCGGUUUAUAUCAAGUCUAUGCAAAAAUGCUCGUACCAAUGUAGCUUGGGAUAUUUUGAGUGACUUGAUGGAGAACAAAGCCCCUCUUGAAGCUCCUCCCUUCAAUGCGCUUUUGUCAUGUUUAGGAAGGAAUAUGAACAUUGGUAGAAUGAAUGCUUUAGUCUUGAAGAUGGAUGAGAUGAAAAUUCGGCCCGAUGUUGUGACUUUAGGGAUUCUUAUCAACACUUUGUGCAAAUCAAGGAGGGUUGAUGAAGCUCUCGAAGUUUUUGAACAAAUGUGUGGAAAGAGAACUGGUGAUGGGAAUGUUAUCAAAGCUGAUUCGAUUCAUUUUAAUACUCUCAUCGACGGGCUCUGCAAGGUAGGGAGGUUGAAAGAAGCAGAGGAGUUAUUGGAAAGGAUGAAAAUGGAAGAGAGAUGUGUGCCCAAUAUAGUUACUUACAAUUGCUUGAUUGAUGGGUAUUGCAGAGCUGGAAAGCUUGAGACGGCUAAAGAAGUUGUUUCUCGGAUGAAAGAGGACGGGAUUAAACCUAAUGUGGUUACUGUUAAUACAAUUGUCGGUGGGAUGUGCAGGCACCAUGGAUUGAACAUGGCGGUUCUUUUCUUUAUCGAUAUGGAAAAGGAAGGCGUGAAAGGGAAUGUGAUUACUUAUAUGACAUUGAUUCAUGCUUGUUGCAGCGUCAGUAACAUAGAAAAGGCUAUGUAUUGGUAUGAAAAAAUGUUGGAAGCUGGUUGUUCUCCUGAUGCAAAGAUCUAUUAUGCUUUGAUCUCUGGUUUGUGUCAAGUUCGACGGGAUCAUGACGCCAUUAGAGUGGUGGAGAACCUGAAAGAGGGAGGGUUUUCUCUUGACUUAUUGGCUUACAACAUGCUUAUUGGGUUGUUUUGUGAUAAGAAUAAUGCAGAGAAAGUCUAUGAGAUGCUAACCGAUAUGGAGAAAGAAGGGAUGAAACCCGAUUCUAUCACUUACAACACUCUGAUUUCGUUUUUCGGUAAACACAAGGACUUCGAGAGUGUUGAGAGAAUGAUGGAGCAGAUGAGAGAAGACGGGUUAGACCCGACAGUUGCGACAUAUGGAGCAGUAAUUGAAGCUUAUUGCUCAGUCGGGGAAUUAGACGAAGCAUUGAAGCUCUUUAAGGACAUGGGUUUGCGCUCAAAGGUCAAUCCCAACACUGUGAUAUACAACAUUCUCAUAAACGCCUUUUCUAAGCUGGGGAAUUUCGGACAAGCGCUGUCUCUGAAAGAGGAAAUGAAGAUGAAGAUGGUGAGACCUAAUGUUGAAACUUACAAUGCCUUGUUUAAGUGUCUUAAAGAGAAGAACCAAGCGGAAACAUUGCUUAAACUGAUGGAUGAGAUGGUCGAACAGUCCUGUGAACCAAAUCAGAUCACAAUGGAGAUUCUAAUGGAGCGUCUCUCGGGUUCUGAUGAGUUAGUGAAGCUGAGGAAGUUUAUGCAAGGUUACUCUGUUGCUUCUCCGACCGAGAAAGCUUCACCUUUCGAUGUCUUUAGCUUGGGAUAAUGUUGGUUUAGAUUCAGUAACCUAAAGAUUAGUAUAAUGUUUUUAAUCAUUUCUUGAUUCUGCAUUCCUUUUAUACAAUUACACAAUCGCUAUUUAUGUUUGGUUAUUGCUAAACUUUAUUAACCGUAAGAAAAAUUCCAUUGUUUU